GUGUUGCUCGCGCCUCGGCACAUAAAUCGUCUCCGAUCUCCAGGUGCCCGGCCACCCUGGUUCGUCGAAGCACCCUAGUCGUCGUAGCGGCCUACGGGCUCUUGGGCAGAGAGAGAAGCUGCAUAGCCUGCAUAUGCUCCAGCUGCUGCGCGCAAUGAUGGCACUGACGGAGCGGCAGCCGCAGCUGGAGAAGAAGCCGACGCGCGGGAGGGCGCCGCUGUCCGGGAAGGCCGUCGCGGCGCUGUGCGUGACGAGCUUCGUUGUGGGGCUGCUGCUUAGCGGCAACGUGUCGCUCAUGUCGGCCUCGGCGUCACCGUCGUCCUCGAGCACGGACAGCGAGAAGAGCAUUCGUGUUUCCGGUUGCGACAAUGAGCGUAAACUCGGAGAGAACCACCCCAAGGAUCUCCUGAACGAGGUGUCGAGAACUCAUCAAGCAAUCCAGUCGCUGGACAAGGCGGUGUCCACCCUGGAGAUGGAGAUGGCCGUGGAACGCGCUAGGGGCGGUGGCGGCGGCGGCGGCGCCGCGUCCAUGGCGUCCAGCAGGACUCCUCAGAAGGCCUUCGUCGUGGUCGGCAUCAACACGGCCUUCACCAGCAAGAAGCGGCGCGACUCGCUCCGCGACACCUGGGUCCCCAGAGGGGAUAAGCUGAGGAAGCUGGAGCGGGAGAAGGGGAUCGUGGUCCGGUUCGUGAUCGGGCACAGCGGCACGCCGGGCGGCGGCGCGCUGGACCGCGCCCUGGACGCGGAGGAGGCCGAGACCAGGGACUUCAUGCGGCUGGACCACGCCGAGGGCUACCACGAGCUGUCGUCCAAGACCAGGACCUACUUCACCACCGCCGUCGCCACCUGGGACGCCGACUUCUACGUCAAGGUCGACGACGACAUCCACCUCAACCUCGGGAUGCUGGCGAGCAGGCUGGCGAAACACAGGACGCGCCCGAGGGUGUACGUCGGCUGCAUGAAGUCCGGGCCUGUCCUGUCACAGAAAGGAGUCAAGUACCACGAGCCAGAGUACUGGAAGUUCGGCGACGAGGGCAACAAGUACUUCCGCCACGCCACCGGCCAAAUCUACGCCAUCUCCAAGGACCUCGCCGCCUACAUCUCCAUCAACCAGCCGAUCCUGCACAGGUUCGCGAACGAGGACGUCUCGCUGGGGGCGUGGCUGAUCGGGCUCGAGGUCGAGCACGUCGACGACCGGAGCAUGUGCUGCGCGACGCCUCCAGACUGCGAGUGGAAGAAGCGAGCCGGGAACGUGUGCGUGGCGUCCUUCGACUGGUCGUGCAGCGGCGUCUGUAAGUCGGUGGACCGGAUGCGCCACAUCCACAAGGCGUGCGGCGAAGGCGAAGGCGCCGUCUGGAACGCCGCCACAUGAGACGAGAUUGCCAUUCUCGUCGGAACACUUGUUGUAUGCGGAGCUUCACUUGAUGAAAACGCGAAGGCGAGAGGGAAGCGCCUGCGCCACUGUUUGGCAUGACACAUUCCGCAUGGCAAGCGUGGUUGUUUCACUUGAGACGGCAUGCUAUGAUCCACGUAAAAGCGCAUGGAUUAUUAUUGGUGUGUCAACGUGAUCCUUUUUGGAUGAAAAAAAAAAAUUGCACGGUGGCCCUUG